AUGGCCAUAUUGAUGAGACAAAUUUGUCCAGCAAAAUGUCGAGGGACCCGAUGCGAAUGUGUCUUUUCAUUCCAAGAGUGUCUUUUUCGUUUCGUGUUUACAGUGUUUUCUCAUUUUAGUCAACAACUUCUACUGGAAAGGAGAAGAUGUUGUUCUUAUGUUUUGCUUAAACUCCAACAACCAACACUUGUGAACACACGCUCCAUCUCUCCAACGAUGAAGUUUUCCUCGAUUCUUUCCCUCUUUGCGUUGUCAUCUUUAGCCUCUGCACACAUUGCGCUUCUCCCCCCAAGAGGUAAGGAGUGUUUCUACGAAACCUUGAAGACCAACGACGAGCUCUCUGUCUCCUUCCAGGUUGGCGACAGAGACAGAGACGCAACGGAGCAGCUACAUUGCGACUUCUGGAUCCAGUCUCCCUCUGGGAAGAUCAUCAAGUCAUUGACUGACGCAACCCAUGCAAACAUCAACAUAAAGGCCAAGGAGUCUGGUAAACACGUGUACUGUUUCUCCAACGAGGACUCCAACAUGAAGACCAAGGACGUGUCCUUCAAUGUCCAUGGCGUCAUCUAUGUCGACGUGAACGACAACUCAGACAACAAUUUGGAGACCAGUAUCAGAAAAUUACUUGAACUGGUCUAUGACGUCAAGAACGAACAAAACUACAUUGUCGUUAGAGAGAGAACACACAGAAAUACCGCAGAGUCGACAAACUCAAGAGUGAAGUACUGGUCUUCCAUCCAGUUGGCCGUGGUUGUGCUCAAUAGUCUCUUUCAAGUUUUCUAUCUUAAGAGGUUUUUCGAAGUUAAGAGCGCCGUCUAA